AUGGCUUCCAUUCUUGCCGGCACUCUCGAGAAAUCUCAGUGGGUCGUUAAAAUCAACGAGCUUAUUGACGGAAAGGCCCUCGACGGCGCUUCACAGACCCCCAUUUCCGUCUUCCAGCUGCCGGCCUCCGUCCACGACGGCCGCCCAGAGGCCUUCCUCCCCCGCCGCGUCGCGGUGGGGCCGUACCACCAUUUCCGGCCGGAGCUCUACAAAAUGGACCUCUUCAAACUCGGCAAAGCCAAGAAUCACAAACUGGGUCCUCAGCUCCGUCAUCUCUUAGAUCAGAUCAAGCCAUUGGAGCUCAAAAUCCGAGCCAGUUUCGACCAACCCCUUGAAAUGGAUGCCGAAACCCUAUCCUGGGUUUUGCUGAUUGAUGGUAUAUUUCUACUUGAAGUGCUUAAAAUUAGGUACUAUCGUUAUUUCAUUCCGUUCCCUACAAAGAUAUUUCAUGGGAAGUUACCGGCUGAGUUUGAAAUUGUUUGUGAUAUACUGAAGCUUGAGAAUCAGAUUCCUCUGUUCGUCCUCAGAGAAAUUUGCCCCGAAGAACCCACUAAUUAUUUGCCUCAUCUCAUGUACAAAAUGUGUGUAGCUGUUUCUCCGGUUCAGAUCCCCUUUUUUUCGUCUCAAAUGGCAUUUCAUGAAGAGAUCUUGAAUAUGUCUCACCAUUUUCUGCAUUUUUUGUAUCUGCUGGUUUUGCUUACUCCCGAAUGGACGCCGGCUACAGUUACUAUUUCUAGUUCUUCGAGGGAGGAGCGUGAGAGUGGAAAUUAUUCUGCUGCUUCUUAUUCUUAUUACUUUUCUUCUUCUUUUUCCUCUGAUAGCUUCACCACUGAGUGCUUCAACAUUUUGGGCUCUGUUAUUAACGUUACCUUCCUUCAGCAGCUAAAAGAGACCGUUAAUUUAGUAUUACGAUUGAUAGCACUUUUGCGUUCUAUAACGAAGCCAAAUUUGGGCGAGAAGAAAAUCCCUCGAAUCCCUUCUGCAUCAGCGUUGAAAACUGCUGGAGUGCGUUUCCAAUCCACCAGAAAUGGGGUUCUGAGGUCUCGUUUUGACCGCAAAACGCUCACUGUGGCUCUGCCUUGUAUCACUCUUAAUGGGUUCUCUCAAGUGGUGCUUAGAAAUCUUGUGGCGUAUGAAGCCAUGGCGGAGCUGAAUCCACCUUGUUUGGCCAAUUACAUUGCGAUCAUGAGUGGGUUGGUGAGAGGUUCCAAAGACUUUAAGAUUCUUGAGAAAGCAGAGAUCAUUCGCAGCUAUUUGGACAGCGAAAGGGAAGCUGUGGAGAUCUUUAAUGGCGUGGAGAGCUGCGGCAGGAGCUUGAAGAAAGAGGGUGUGUUGGAAUACCAUCUUGUGAGUGUUAAGGAUUCUGGGAUUGAAAGUGAGUUCGUUCAAGAAUUCGAGGCGAAUUAUAAGGAAGGAUUUAAGGACAUGGUUGAGGAAAUCAAUAAAUGGUAUGAGAACUGCUGGAGAAUGAAGAUGAAGAGAUUUGUGUCACUUGUUUUGUGUUGUUUUGCAAUUCUUGGGGUUCUGUUACUCAUUGGUGUUGUGAUUGCUCGAUUCAUCUGCAGUUUCAGUUUUGUUAGCUGUCCCAAGGGAAUAUUCAAAGCCAGCAUUGCUCUUUAUCAGACCUAUUGA